AGUCCCCUCCAUCGGCUCAACCUCGGAUCCGCGCCAAGCCUCAGGAACUUCGGCCGGCAAGUCCAGUCCAACAUCUUCAAUUCGAGCCUGGAAUCUACUUCAGCCAUUGUCAUCCUCCUCCCCCGCCCAGUUCCAUCAUGAGCUCCGUCCGCCUCGCUCGCGCGGCCCUCCGCACGGUACGACCGGCCGUCAUUGCCCGCCCGCUCCAGCGCAGGGGCUACGCCGACGUCGCGUCCGACAAGAUCAAGCUGUCGCUUGCCCUCCCGCAUCAGUCUAUCUACAAGUCCCAGGAUGUCGUCCAGGUGAACCUCCCCGCGGAAACCGGCGAUAUGGGUGUUUUGGCAAACCACGUCCCCUCGAUCGAGCAGCUGAAGCCCGGACUCGUGGAGAUCAUUGAGGAGAGCGGUGGCAGCAAGCAAUUCUUCCUUUCUGGUGGAUUCGCCGUUGUCCAGCCCGGCUCCCAGCUCAGCAUCAACGCCGUCGAGGCAUACCCUCUGGAGGACUUCAGCGCCGAGGCCGUGCGGAACCAGAUCGCCGAGGCGCAGAAGAUUGCCAGCGGAAGCGGAAGCGAGCAGGACAUUGCCGAGGCCAAGAUUGAGCUCGAGGUUCUCGAGAGUCUCCAGGCGGCUCUCAAGUAAAUGUGACAAUAUAGCUCUCUUCUCUUGUUAGUUAGCCUUGCGUUUGCAUGAUUGUGUACAAUAUCACGUGCGGACAGGAGGGCCCUCGCGUAGGCAAAAAGAUAGAAGAAGGUGGUUUCCCGCUAUGAGAAGAUUUGCAUUCCAUUCCAUUCAACUUCUCUGCCUUUUUUUUUUCCGAGCACUGCGGAAUCGAGUGCAUUUUUACUUCAGUAAUUGAUAUUAUGUCAAACUUUGAUCUG